AUACACUUUUGAAAUACUUAGGUUAGUUGAAGGUUUAUAAAGACCAACAGACCAAUGAUACAUAAAACCUUUGACUUUUGUAACGCACGCCCAGAGCCUAAAGACUUUAUCUCAUGGUAAGUUAUGACAGGUCCAAAAAUCAUUUUAGUGAUUUAGACUUUCCACCACCAUCCUAUUUGCCUAAAUGUGAAAACAACAAAAUUGCUGGUCUUGCUUUACAAUUGUAGACUUUUAAUUUAAUUGGGCAGAUUUGUUAAGAUAACUGAUAGUCCCAAAACUCCAAAUAACUUUGGAAAUGAACCCCUAGGCUCUGAAAAAAUGUUUAUGAAACCUAUGAUGUAGUUAAUUCUAUACAUGUAAUACUGUAUGUAGGAUACAAUAUAUCACAUUCUAUGUGCCCUUAUAAUAGGUAACUAUGAGUUAUUUAUGAAAAAUGUGACAUUAGAAAACAAAUCAAUUAUGAUUAAUACAGAUGUUAUAUGUUUUAUUCAUGCAAAGUUUUUUGAUAGAACAUAAAACAAAGUUUGAAGAGUACUCUAGAGUACAAAGUGUUUUUAACAAAAACUGGUGGGUGUAGAAUAAGCAUAUGGGUAAUUGUAUGAGAUGUCUUAUGCUGUCCUUAAUAGAAUAAUAUCACCAUUGAAAUGAAUUCAGACUGUUUGCUGUUGAACCUCUUACUUUUAUUUCCAGAAAUGAUGUUUUAAUACAGACGUUUGGAAGGAGAACAACUCUAAUCUUGCCUAUGUUUGCUUUCCUAUGCACAAGCGUCUCACUGCUGAGCACCCUCUUUGCACUUCUCUCAUACCUUUACCCCAUCUUCACCCUUGUAGCAGCUCCCUAGCUCAUUCCUCAUGUUGAGGUGUGGGGGGUGGCCUGUCAGCCUCAUCCUCAUGACAUACAGUACUCCUGUUCCCUCAGCCAGGCGAGUCACCCCGGAUAAACUUUCAUCUCUUCUCUAUGUCGCAUUAAUUAGGAUUUGGCUGAAGUACUGAGUUACUUAAUAUGUUUUAAGAUGAUGUCUAUUGGAAUUGCCUUCAGAACAGAUUAACAUAUUAAGGACCAUUGUUCUUUUAUGAACAACUUCAGUUGAACAUUGAAUAAUUGUUUAAUAACUGUGCUUCCUACAUUAUUUAGAGGAAACAAACUUGUUAUGGAAAUUAUAGACCUAGACGAAAUCUAUCAAAGACUUUAGAGCUUGUCUUGAGGAUUUGACUUUAGAUUUGGCCAGAACCAAAGUACAAUUCUGUUAAAGCGUGUAAAAAUGCCAGAAUGCCUUUCCUUUUUUUUAAAGAAAAAUGGUUAUAAUAGGUAGCAUGUAUAAAGUUGAGUCUUAAUAAAAGUUUAAACACUUUUAUACUACACUUUCCAUUUGACAAUGAUGGCAAACCUAUCUGAUCUGACUGUUACAUAUUGUAUAUCAAUUAAAAACCAUUACAUAAUGAAAUGCUUCUCACUACUGAUCCUUCAUUAUAUAGUAGAGAUUAUUUUUUGUAAACUACAUUGAGCUUUUGGUGAAAUUAUUAAUCACAAUUACAACUGAUUUUUCUGUACUGUUACAAUUAGUUUGGGGAUUUUUUUAUGUUGCCAAAAUCGUGACUGUUUUGUUGAAAUACAUUUUAGCACAUUAAUGACAUGGAAAAUUUAUAGAAAAGAAAAAAUAUAUAAUUAGAGUCGGGCUGUAUUUUAGUGCAGCACAUAAUUAGAUUAGAGCUGUUUGUGAAGCCCAGUUCAUGACAGUUUGUCUUUGGAAAUAGACAUAAGACAAUGGGCUAGUGAAGGCAGUGGUAAAAAUGGCAGCAGAGUUAUUUAAAAACCACAGAGAACAAGCAGUAUUUAUGUUUAGCCCCCUGAAGGAAGACCACUGAAAAGAAAGUCAGUGAUUGGCUGCCCCAGGAACACCAAAUAGGGCUGUCCUGUUAAAUUUGUGAUAUAUGCAAAGUGAUAUCCUGUUGUGAUCAAAACAAAGUAACGUGUCUUUCUGUUUAAAGUAAUUAUCAUGCUUUGCAAUCAAGGGAUAGCCUAGCUUUAACCAAUUAGCUCUUUUAGGAUGUCUUGUUAGUUUAUAAAGUCCCUGCUGAGAGUCUGAAUCGGCAUUUGCUAAGUACAGACUCAAGAGGAUAGCCAUUGGAUGGAAUCCUGCUAGACACAUUAUUAAGUCCUGGAGUGAAGAUUUUUGGUUUAAGAAUGCCACACCUAACAGACUGUAGUUACUACAAGAUGAGAGAUGGAUCCAGAGUUCCUAAUGUUCAAAGUCAUCUCGAAAACUCGAAGUAUCACAUUCAACAAGCACAGAGACAGCAAGUGAAGCAGUACGUGACUCUGGGAACGAAGCUUGCCAGCCAGGGACAGCCAGUCUCCCAUGCACACCCUGGACAGCCGCUGUCUGCGGUGAUGAGAAAUGGCCACCUGCCUCCGAUAAAUGACAACAGCACACCGGAGAGCCCAGUCACAUUGUUGACCCUCACAGCCAGUCAUGACAAUGAGUUUCCAAUGGAUGAAGUUAUUGAUGACUUAAUUAGCCUUGAAUCCAGUUUCAAUGAUGAGGGCUUGGGAUGCAUGGAACCUAACAUCAUAAUGCCAAACACUAUGCCGCUGAACAGCAAUAUUUUGGAUGUGUACACUGGAGAGCAAGGUAUGACAGCAACUAAUCUUGGAAUGACAUCUGGUUCAUGUCCCACAAACCUCAGUGUAAAAAGGGAAGUCACAGAACACGACACUCGUGCUCUUGCCAAAGAGCGACAGAAGAAAGAUAAUCACAAUUUAAUUGAAAGAAGACGAAGAUACAACAUAAACUACAGAAUAAAGGAACUUGGUACACUAAUUCCAAAGUCUAAUGACCCUGAUAUGCGCUGGAACAAAGGAACUAUUUUAAAAGCAUCAGUGGAGUACAUUAAAUGGCUUCAGAAAGAGCAGCAGCAUGCGAGGGAGCUGGAGAACAGGCAGAAGAAACUGGAGCAGGCCAACAGGAGGCUUCUGCUGCGAAUUCAGGAGUUGGAGAUUCAGGCUCGUGCUCAUGGUCUGCCCACGAUGGCUUCAUCCCUGGGGGCUGUGGAGCUGUCCUCCCACCUCAUGAAGCAGCCGCACCAGCCGCAGCAGCAGCCGUACCAGGAGGAGCUGAAUGGCCUGUACGUGCAGCAGGCCGCAGGGCCUCCAAUGCCAGGCGUCGACCACGGCGACGGCUCCACCACCUUCUCCGACCCGCUCUCCCACUUCACAGACUUCUCCUUCAGCGCCACACUCAAAGAGGAGCACCGGCUGGAUGAGAUCCUCAUGGAUGACCCCUUGUCACCAUUCGGGACCGACCCCCUCCUGUCAGCCACGUCCCCUGUGGCAUCUAAGGGGAGCAGCCGGCGGAGCAGCUUCAGCACGGACGACGGUGAUGACUUAUGAUGGCUGCACAGCACUUUGCCUCUGUUUACAUUCCAUCACAAACUUUGCCAGUCUCCUUCCCAGGUCCCACUGGAACUGUCGGCUUCACCUUUGAGAGCCGCUAGACUUCUCUCAGUUGUUUUCAAACACCAAAGUGCUUCGCCUGUUGACUGGAGGCCAGUAUUAGACAGCACCAAUCAUUCCAGCAAAUACAGCAAAGGGAGACAGACUACCUAUUGCUGGAAUUUAAUACUUAAGCACUAUGGUGCUAGCAGACUGUUAGCACACUAACUCAAAAUGUAAAUACUGUACAAUAUGUUUAGCAUAAACAAGUAACAGUUAUUAAUAUCUAAUGGUGUGUUUUAGAACAAAAUAACCAUUGUUGCAAUGGCACAGAACAAGUACUAAAAACUGAAUUCAUCAGUUUGACUUCUGAUGUACUGUACCUUAUUUCACACAAGAUGAUGUCUUUGCACCUGAGACUUUAAAUAACAUGAUGAAUAACAUGAACAUGUGUUCUAAUAAUGCUCCUAACAGCCAAAAGCUCAACGAGAAUUUUGUAUUGUCUUUUUCUUCAAUCAUGUUUUGGUGUUUAAACAUGUUUUAAUCCGACACCUUUUAAAACAAUGAUUUGUUACAAUAUUUAACCUGUAACUAUUUUUAUGAGGGUCACUGGGUACAAGGGAGGGGUGGGGUUGAGGAUUUAGUAAUAAGACACA